AUGUGUUACAUAACAACUUUUGGAGGAAUGACCCCAUCUGUUGGAGGAAAAAUUGGAGGAUUGACACCAUCUGUUGGAGGAACAAUCGGAGGAAUGUUUCCGCCUAUUGGAGGAACAAUCGGAGGAAUGACCCCGCCUGUUGGAGGAACAGUUGGAGGAAUGAGCCCGCCUAUUGGGGGAAGAAUCGGAGGAAUGAGCCCGCCUAUUGGGGGAAGAAUCGGUGGAAUGAGCCCGCCUAUUGGGGGAAGAAUCGGUGGAAUGAGCCCGCCUAUUGGGGGAAGAAUCGGAGGAAUGAGCCCGCCUAUUGGAGGAAGAAUCGGAGGAAUGAGCCCGCCUAUUGGGGGAAGAAUCGGUGGAAUGAGUCCGCCUAUUGGAGGAAGAAUCGGAGGAAUGAUCCCGCCUAUGGGAGGAACAAUCGGAGGAAUGACCCCAUCAGUUUGA